AUGUCACUCUACUACAGUCAGUACAGUGGCCUAUUUUACUGUUUCGUACAUUCCAGAUAUAUUUCGAUAUUCUCACAACAAUUUGGCUCUUCGUUUCAUCUUGCGGAUGCAUUGGCACAGUUCGAUCCACCGUGUACCCUUGGCGAUUACUUGAAUUCUCGUCAGCCGCUUGCCGAUCAACAGAAUAAGGCGAAAGUUAUCGUGGCCCUUCUACGGCAUCAGCUUAUUAUGCAGCUUCACCGCUUUUGCUACAUAGUGCCUCCUUUUUCGGAUGCGAAACUGCCACGAGCUGGUCAUCAUUGUCCUGACACUUUGAAGCUUUUGAAGUUGCAGAUGUCGAUUGCGGCAUGCGACACGUUGGGCGAGGAGUUCAAGCCGAUAGUGUCGGACUUAUGUGGAAGUAUGCUGAAUACGCAGAGUUUCUGUCAUGUAGAACGAAAACUGAACUUGUUCCUCCGCAUGAGCGCCUAUAUGCACGGUCUUCAUCAUAUUGAAGACAUGGUUUAUCGUCUUAAUGUGUCAAGUGGUUGUCGAUGGUGCUUAUAUUGCCAGACACCAAGAAGGUGUGGGAAAGAUUCAGCCCGACGAGAAAUGUCCCGAAAGGAGGAUGUGUCAAUCGAGCGAUUUCGUACGGUAGUCUCCGAAGACCUGCUCAAUCAACUCAGGGAAGCGCAGAACAGCCGGCAAGAAAUUCUUCGUGAACUUCAAGAAUACGCAUCACUACUGGUCGUCGUACGCAACAUGAAGAAUAAAAAAGCCGAGAAAAUCAAUAUCAGAGCAUCACUUGGACACCAAGUAUUCGUGAAUGCUGAACUUGAUAAAAAGGAUACGGUCAUAGUCAAACUCGGUGGUGACCUAUUUGCCGAAUUGAAACUCGAACGCGCUGAAAUAUUUGUUACGGAGAAGUUAGAUGUUUUGAGGAAGAAAGCCGACCUGUGUCUUGAACUUGCAAGCAAAAUUGAAGCAACAAUGAAAUUUAUUAUGGCUACAGUAGCUUCUCAUGCCAUGGUGGCCUCCAACCAUAUUAAGGAGUCUGCAGUUCGCUCCCUUAUUACCAUCGGAUGUCGUGGAAAGGUCAAGCCGAAAUCCAUCGAUCCCAAUACGAUACGCUUGAUGACAGCGUUAACAAACGCCCUUGCAACGGUAAUUCUUUUCACUAGAACAAGGAGAAAUCUUGAUCGAUGUCGUGCCCCUACACCUAUCAAGUAA